CAACAGAAAACAGUUGGUUUUCACCGGAAGUUAAGUAAUUUACAUUCAAAUCACGAAUGGGGACACAGGUGGUCGGUCACAACCCUGAAAGUUCAAACUGACACCCGAACAGCUGUCAGCUGUCACGAGCAGAAACAACCAACGCGUCCUUUUAUUCUGAAAAGUUAUACCGGAAGUGAAAAAAUCCUCCAGCCCAGCUUGACGCUCGUGAUUGAUGUUGAAGGCAGUCAGCCUGCGACAGAAAAAUAAGCGAGGUCGGGCAGUACAUGCUUAGUGUAUGUUUUAAAAGAAAGAAAUAUCUCGAAACUGAAGGAUAUGUGGACAUAAACGUUAUAACUGUCUCUCUCUCUAGGGCUUAGUUUUUAUUGUUUGGAACCCAGGCUCUCCUUUUGGUGUGUGUGUCGCCGUUUGCCCAUUCUCACUGAAGUGAACACUAAGGAGGACUCCAUGAAAGAUGACAGAGGAGGUGAUUGUUGUAGCCAAGUGGGACUACACGGCCCAGCAGGACCAGGAACUUGACAUCCGAAAAAACGAGCGUCUCUACCUCCUGGACGACACAAAGACCUGGUGGCGCGUUCGCAACACCGCCAACCAGACGGGGUAUGUGCCGUCGAACUACGUGGAACGUAAGAACAGCCUGAAGAAAGGCUCGCUGGUGAAGAACAUCAAGGACACACUGGGUUUAGGAAAAACCAAGAGGAAGACGAGUGCCCGAGAUGCUUCCCCCACGCCGAGCUCAGACACAGAGUAUCCCUCCAACGGCAGCGGAGGAGGGGGAGGAGGAGCCGCUGAGAGAAUCUACGACCUCAACAUCCCCGCUGUGGUCAAGUUCGCCUACACAGCGGAGAGGGAGGAUGAGCUGACCCUGGUCAAGGCCUCGAAGGUCACCGUGAUGGAGAAAUGUAGUGAUGGAUGGUGGCGGGGCAGCCAGGCGGGUCGUGUGGGUUGGUUCCCCUCAAACUACGUGCAGGAGGAUGUGGGAGGAGCAGAUGAAACAGGGGAGGGGGAUUCCUCUCUGGGCUACACGGGAGGCUCUCAAGGGACUUUGUUAGCUAACGGGCGUGCAGGCGGUGGCGGAGUGCUCCACCUGGUGCAAACUCUCUACCCCUUCAGCUCCGUGACGGAGGAGGAGCUGAACUUUGAGAAGGGCGAGGUGAUGGAGGUGGUGGAGAAGCCUGAGAACGACCCUGAGUGGUGGAGGUGUAAGAACUCUCGUGGAAUGGUGGGCCUGGUACCUAAAAACUAUGUGGUGGUGCUGGAUGAGCGGCCCGCCCUCCCCUCCUCUACGUCGAGCUCCCCGCAGAACCGUUCCGUGGUUCCAGCCCGCUCAGGGAAGUUCGCCGGGAGGGACUGGUACUACGGCGACGUCACUAGACACCAGGCCGAGGGUAUCCUCAACGAGAGGGGCGAGGAGGGCGACUUCCUCAUACGAGACAGCGAAUCAUCACCCAAUGAUUUCUCCGUGUCUCUGAAAGCUGUCGGUAAGAAUAAGCACUUUAAAGUGCAGCAGACGGAGGGAGUGUACUGUAUCGGCCAGCGCAGGUUCAACUCCAUGGACGAACUCGUGGAGCACUACAAGAAAGCCCCCAUCUUCACCAGCGAACACGGAGAGAAGCUGUACCUGGUCAAAGCACUGCUGUGAUUCACACAUGCUCACACCUACACUGGAUCUCACACACACACACAAGCACACACUCUUCAUGGUACACACAUGAUACUAACGCCACUCCCUGACUGUCUUAACUCAAGCCUUAGCUCUAGACCUUUGUGGUCGCUGUGGCGUCCGUGCUACAUCCAGAUCUUCAUUCACUAUAAGUUUUAAUUGUCGCCAUUCAGUGGCGAUCAGGUGACACUUAUUUUAGCUCUACAAAUGAGCAGCAAACCCCAAAACGGCGAGCACUGUGUGAGGAAAACCGACAGCCACGUCCUCAGAGAAUAAUAAGCUUCCGUCUCUUGGAUUUGUGACAUUUGUGUUGACCAUGCAGCUGCUAACAGAACGCCUAAGGCCUUUUUGGGGGUGUCGAGCUCUAUUUCAGAUGUCAUGCAUUAUGUCCAUUUACUACCACACACAUUUUAGGUUACACCAUCGCUCUUAAUCCACACAGGAGGACAGAGAGGACUCUGACCUCUGGGGGACCUUCCUCUUGAUGUGUUCUGUCAAGUUGCCCGACAUAGUUUUAUUUUUGUUUCUUAAUUUGAAAAGCUUGUUUCUGAGUUUUUCUUUUGUCUUGUUUUAAAGCUUAUUUAAAUUCCUGAAUCAUUGCUCUUUCAUACAGUGACUUCACAAAGUGACCAGAAUCACUCUCUUGCCUUUUUCUCCUUAUUUUCAUCAUUCCUCUACAUGAUUUCUCUUCUCAUUUGUGUCUUCUUAACUUCUCCUCUUGUUUCCGCCUCCACAGACUCAGCCAUCAGUAGUGACUUUGUUAUUGAAAAUCUGGAUACAAUACUUCUUGUACUACAUCUAAAUAACGAGAGGAUACAUUAAUGCAAUAGGGAAGACCUCUGAUUUCCUGUAGAGUUUGAAUGUUUAUCAAUGUAACCAAAUGUGCCACCCUGUACCCAUACUACUGGCUCCAGGUCUGCACUGCACUCACUAUACUUGGCAUUCAUUUGUAGCUCUAUGCUCAUGCUUUAUAUUGUGUCACAUUGAACAUGGUCCUGUUCUGUUCUCCAGUAUGUGUCUGUAGCUACAGUAUAUGAGAAUACUGACUGAAGAAUAAUAAAAAACCUUUUUGGUAACACUUUUUGAGUAACUACACUUGAUCUGCUCGAUUUAAUCUGAAUGAUAAAAAAUAGUAAUACCUCUUGAUGUAGUAGCUGUCAGAGAUGAGAAUAUCUUUGUGAAUCUUGUAAAGUAAAAACAAUUCGGAGCAAACAUGUCGUUAUACACAAAAAUGUUGUGAUUAACUGAGACCCAAAUAUUAAAAACUGACAAUGAAAGGUUCGCUUAAGAUCUACACUCUCAAAUUGCAAAUCAUUUGAAAACACUCGUUGCCGAUGUAAGAAAACCAGACCUACGAUAGACACGCCGUUAAUUGGUAGCUAAAGCCCGCCCCCUUAUAGUGAUUGUCCAAUCAUAUCUCAGCAACUAUUAUCAUAGAGGGCAGGAGCCUCAAGCCAGGAGAGUGUUAGCAUGCUGUGCUGACUAGCAAAUUACAGUAACAUCCUGUUACGUCUGAGUACCAUCUAGCUACGCCAAGAUGUCCGUUGUUAUCUUCCUCAGAUUGGAAAUUAAAAGGUUCUGAGUCGUAAAGUUAUCCUUGUUUUCGUUUAAACUGAAAGUUUUGUGGGAGAACAAGUAGGGGCGGGGCUUAAUGAGCUCAAUUGGUAAUAACUGCCCUCUUUCACUGUCAGGAAACCAAAUAUUCAGUCGUCUGGUUAAAACAAAAAACUUAAGCUCUACCAAACAUUGACCUUGUCAGUUUUCUUUUGCUGUGUGCAUUUGUUUACCAAUGGAAGUGUUGUUGAUCACGGGGUCCUCAGCUUUUAUAUGAUAUGUCUGAAUGUUAUUGAGCAUUGUUAUUUAAUUCUUGUCUCCACUGUAUGUAUAUAUUCAAAAUAAGAUGAGGUGCAUAUAAGAAUCGUUAGGAUCAAACUAUGGUACUGUAUCACCGACAACGUGAUGAGAAUUGAAAUACUUUUGUUCAAUAAAAACUUUUGAAGAAUACUAA